CGCACUGUCAUCGCUGAGCGCCGCUGUCUUCCGUAUUUACUCAGAAGGUAACAGUUUUAGGUGUGAAGCCAGAGAAAUCUGCUGUAAAAUGACAUUCCAGCAGGAACUGGCUGAGGUUCUCCCCAAGUCUACGUGUGUUCCGACAUGAUCCGACUCAGCAGCGAGCUGCUGAGCUGCUGCUGCUCGGCGAUAUUGGGCUCGAUCGCUUCUUUCUACGCAGUCUGAACCGAAGCUUCUCAAUAAAGGACCAUUCUGCCAGUUUAUGAGAUGAACAGCCAUGUCCUGGAUGAGGAGCAGUUCAGUCGCUGCUGCCAGUUGCUCCUUCGGCGCUCAGAUCAGUUGAGGGAUGGCUGGAGCUGGGAAGCCGUUCAGGGGUCAAAGGAAGGCUACCUCAGGAAGACUGCUCUCAGGUCAGUUCCCGCUGACUGGGGUCCGCUUCUCAAACACCUACAGCCAGAGACACCCUGUGACUCCACUGGACCUGAAAAGCCAGACCCCGUGACCUCCACUGGUCCGGACAUUCUCAAAGAUGACAUGGAUGAGGAAGACGAUGGUAGCUACUCAGUGACUAAGAGCAGCAGCCGGGUGCUGCAGUACGAGUAUCACAUCCUGCACUCUUGUAGCUAUGGUGCUCCUGUGCUGUACUUUAGAGCAUUCACUUUGGAGGGAAAGAGCCUGACAUUAGAGGAGAUGUGGGGCACCAUCCACCCAAACUUCAGGCUUUGUCUUCGGAAUUCUCCUUUGAAUGCAAUAAGUCAGCAGGAACACCCCUUGCUUGGCCAACCGUUCUUUUUCCUUCAUCCUUGUAGAACAGAGGAGUUCAUGGGGCCUGUGCUGCAGGUUGCUCAGGAUCAAGGCAGGCCCGUGAACUAUGUGCUAUCCUGGCUCAGCGUGGUGGGGCCGGUUGUGGGUUUGGAUGUAUCGCUGAAGUACUCCACAAAUCUCCCUUCUGCCGAUUCACUAAGCGACACACAAUCUGACAGAAGCUAAAGCUCCAGCGGCUCCGCUUCACCUGCACCAUGAAGAUGUUUGGGACAGUUUGUGUUACUCUAGAGGCUCGUGUCUGAUAUUGGAAUAACAACUUAAGUUUCCCUCUACUUUUUCCUUGAUCAUUUUUUCAGCCUAAAUAUGUUUUCAUACUCAAAAGGGUUCUGUUGAUGCUGAAUAUAUUUGAUGCUCUUGAGUUACUACAUCUGGAUUGUUAUUAAUAAAUGUGUAAGCUUCAAUUGGAAAAAAGUAUAGUUAUAAAGAUCAGACAAAUGUUUGUGUGUUUCAUUGAUUUCAUUUCCAUUUUGUAAAUAGAAAACAGCCAGAAUCAGUGAUGGAGGGAAUGAGAAAAAUCUUCUGAGAUCAGACCAGCCUUCCUGGUCAGAUGGGAGCAUUGUUCCCGAAUAAAAUAUGAACAUGCUCUAUGAAUUAUAGCUCCUGUUUUGUGAAAAAGUGUUUGACCCUUUACAGAUUUCUUCUGUUUUUCAUUUUUGUACCACUUCAGUGUUUCAGAUCACAACAAACAAACAAACAAAAUAUUUUGUAAAUGAAUAAAGAUAACCUGAGACAAUA